AGAACACGUCGUGCUGCAUAUUAGGCUUGCUCUCCAGUCAGGCGCUCAGCCAAUACCGACUUGCUGCCCAAGCUGCCGAUCGAAUUUUCGAACCGCAACCCACAACGCGGCUGCCAGUUCACGCGGAGAGCGACCAUUGACAGUACACCACCCGUCUCGCUCGUUGCUCAACCGUGUCCACAUCGACUCCGCGCUGCCGCCCGUUCCUGGCCGCCUGUGGACUGCCCAUACUUAUCCCGUCCACCGGCGCGCCCGGUUCUGCCUGGAUUCCCGUGCGUUGUGUGAGUCCUUCAAACUCCCACCGCCCGACUUCGAAAGGUCGUCCCUUCGCCUUGGGAUGACGCCUUGAGAUUUCGUGGUGAAGCGGAGCCCUCUCAUCUUCUGGUCCUUGCUGCUGCUCUUCUCUUGCCUGUUGCCAUUAGCCCGUCUCUUGUUGCGUGCUCACCGAGAGCCUCGUUUUUUGACCAUGCAGCCGUACUCGACAUGGCGUGUGCCAACAACCAGCUAUCGCAACUCGCCCCCUAGGGCUCAACACCACCCCUUCUUGACACAUCACUCCUCUAUGCUGGAGCUGCAUGACCAGGGAUGGGCACGAGCAGACUCUCCCAGCACGCGAUCCUCCUCGUCCUCAGGAUAUGAAGGCGUCAUCACGCCCACCGCGAGCUCGUCCGAGGUCUCAACCCCAGAGCGCGUCGCGACUCCGAAGCCUCCGCCUUCUCCCCCCAUCGAGUUCAGGACGCAGCUGUUCGGGUCUUACUCUCGCAACCCUUUCUUCAAGUCCAGUCGUCCGUCCCCUCCCGUGUCUCCCAAAAGUUUACCAAGUUCACACGUUGCUGCAGAAUCUCGCUCGCCGCCAGACUCUUCAAGCCGGUGCCCAACGCCCGUCGCUCCAACGCCCGUCAGGCCCAUCAGCAUGAACUCUGCAGGAAGUGCUCCAGGCUACCGUCAUGACUCGCCGCAGUCGUCUCCCGUGAACAUGCUCGAGCAGGUCCAUAUCUCGCCAGCGCCACCGGUCGCCAAGCGUGAACUAAACGAUGAUUUUCUGCAGCCCCCCAAAAUAGUUGACAACCAUCACAGGAUGGCCGCGGAGCUGUGCAAGCAGAUCCCAGAGCUGAUUAAACGUAAGAAUUGGAAGUACGGUGAUAUGAUCAUCCAGUGGACCAUCAUGCAGCCAAAGACGGCUCUUUUGUUGUGGGUUUGCGGUGAACUCGAUGUUCUUCAGAAAUUGGUUGUUUAUUACGAGCUCAAGGACAGCAUGCUUCCCUUCUCCGAAACUCACCUGAAAGGGAUAGUUUCGGACCCAGCCAAGAUGAUUGAGGAGCAGUGGAAGAUUGGUAUCUUGAAAAAUCUACCCCGCGAUGGUGGUCAUGUGGAGUUUCGAACGCAGGACACUGUUCCGUUGCAGGAUCACGGUCCUGUAGGACCGCCUAUGCCCACCACAGUGAAGACGAGAACAAAGAUCAAGUUUGCGGACGGCUUUGACAACUUAUAUUACGUCCGCAAACGUUUGGAAGUGCCACCUGACCGACCACGAGAUAAGACUACGAUUCUUAAUCAGAUCAAGUCAUAUCAGAAACUAGAACAUUCGUCCAUCGCAAAGAUUGUCGCAAGCUACGCGCAGGGCCAGGUGGUUGCAUUCAUUAUGCCUUAUGCUGAGGUCAAUUUGGCCGAGUUCUUGGAAUCCGAGCUGACUGGUUCGUCCCAGUCAGAGCAGAUCCUGGGCUGGAUCAAAGAGCUUGCAGGUGGCUUGGCCUACAUCCACCAACGUGGAUUGGAGCACAAAAACAUCCGGCCACAGAAGAUUUUGGUGGAUGUGCCGAACAACCGCAUCUUUUUCACCGUUUUUGGGGUUUGCCAUCCGAUGAGGAAGUCGAACUCGCAGCUCUUUUCGCCUUACUCCAACGAGCCAAGCUACAUCUACGCCGCGCCCGAAGUCGUGGCGGGACGAGAUGUCGACGCGAAGCAUUCAGACACGUUUUCACUCGGGGCCAUCUUUCUAGAGAUGGUAGCAUUUGCAAAGGGCCGUACGAUUGAAGAGAUGCGGGAGUUCCGCUCCCAGCGCUCUCACGACAACAGCUUCCACGCCAACCUAGCUCAGGUGAAGAGUUAUAUUGACGUUCUGCGAACCGCGCAGAUCUCCGUUCGCAACCAGCGAAAGCGUGUCGCCAUCAUCGAAGAGUCUGGAAACAUUCUACAGGUCGCGAAGGGCAUGCUCAAUCCGGACCCGCGAAAGCGACCUACCAUGAAGCAAGCCGAGCAUUACUUGCUCCGAGGACCCGGUCGACGCCAGCGGCAGCCACGGAGGAAUAGCUUGGGCGCAAGGAGCGAGAUUGGCCCUGCACCAACACAAAGCUCAUUUUUCAACGACCUCGCAUCCUUGCAGGCAUUCUAUGGGAACCCAAGCGCGCAAAGUGUGUAUGGUGGAGAGUAGAGAAGGAAGUCCGAAGCAAGACGGCCCCACAGGCUGACCACAAUUAUCAUUUUAACGAUGAUUACGUAGCGUUUUGCAUUUGCAUAUUUUUUUUUGUCUCUGCUCUACGUUAACUACCCUAUUUAUUUUAUUUAGGGCAAUACUGGUGUUCUGUGCGCAAACAAAAAGAGGUUCUUGCACACGCAAUUUAGGGCGAAGGGACUUCCUCUGGUUGGAAGUGGAGAGCGUGGGGAGCAUCUUUAUUGAGCGUUCUUUUGACAAAGUUGACCAUGACGACUAACAUUAGCUGUUGUUUUUUUUUUCUUUUUUUUCUGACGCUGCUCGUUUUGGCUUCUCGAAGCAUAGUCUGCGUUUGGGCGGCAUUUGAGAUACCCUUCUUUGGCUGGUCGUUUGCGGCCAUCAUAUUACAUAGUUCUGGCCUUUUUUUGGGCUUAUUCCUUCUCGCGCUCGCUGCUCAUUUUUUAUGCUUCCAUGGAAAUUAGGAAACGUAAUGAUAGACUUCUUUACCC